UAUAUAUUAAGUCAAAAGUCUUGUAAAAUAUCAUCACAUUAUCUAAUUCAAGAACUUAGCUCAUCCCCCUUCAUCUUUUAUUUUUCUUCAUCAAUCAAUUAUCAUGAAAUCUUCAACAAGUUCAUUAAGUGAUCGAUACCAGAAAUUUUCGUCAUUCGGUGACGAAACUCCGUCACCGAUUAACGUUAUGAGGAGCUCGAAAACUCCGUUUUACGUAGAGACGAUGGAUCCACAACCCGCUAUGUAUAGAAAAAAGAAAAAUGAUGUUCCAUGGUCAACUGGACUAUGUGAUUGUAUGUCCGAUCCCAAGAAUUGUUGCAUAACAUUGUGGUGUCCAUGCAUCACUUUUGGAAAGGUUGCUGAGAUUAUUGACAAGGGUUCUAACUCUUGUGGAGUAAAUGGAGCAUUAUAUGCAAUAAUAAUAUGUGUGACUUGUUGUCCAUGUUGUUACUCUUGUUUUUAUCGUAACAAAAUGAGACAACAAUAUUUGUUGAAAAAAAAUCCUUGUGGAGAUUGUUUGGUUCAUUGCUUUUGUGAAGCUUGUGCCUUGUGUCAAGAAUAUCGUGAGCUCAAAAAUCGAGGAGUUGAUAUGUCAAUUGGAUGGCAUGGAAAUGUGGAGAGGCAAAAUCGUGGAGUGAUCAUCCCACCAACAGUUGAAGGUGGAAUGAAUAGAUAAGGAUUGAGAUUGGGUUGUGAAAAAUCACGAGGAUAUUUUUCGAAAUCGAAGCAAUAACUGCUAUAUAGUAAAGAGAUAGCUCUUAAUUGAACAAUAGUGAAUAUUAUAUUACCCCUAAUAUAAUUUGUUAGGGGAUUGUGAGUGUUUAGAUUUGUAAUCUAAUUAUGUACAAUACAUGCAUUCAAGUAUCUUGUUAAUUCUCCUUUC